AUGCUCUACACAAUGACAUGCUGGCUCCCAGUCCUGGUCCUCCACCUGGUCCUCCUGAGCCCCCCACGGGUGGCAGCCUGCCCUGCCCGCUGCGAGUGUGCCCCGCAGAUCAAGUCGGUGGUGUGUCACCGCAAGCGGCUCACCUCCAUCCCCGAGGGCAUCCCCACCGAGACCAAGAUCCUGGAGCUCAACAAGAACCGCAUCCGCUGCCUGAACCCAGGGGACCUCUCCCCAUACCCGCUGCUGGAGGAGCUGGAUUUCAGUGAGAACAUCAUCUCCAAUGUGGAGCCAGGCGCCUUUAGCAACCUGUUCAACCUGCAGACCUUGCGGCUGCGGGGGAACCAGCUCAAGCUUAUCCCUCCAGGGGUCUUCACCAAGCUGACCAACCUCACCCUCCUGGACAUCAGCGAGAACAAACUCGUCAUCCUGCUGGACUACAUGUUCCAGGACCUGCGAAACCUGAAAAGCCUGGAGGUGGGCGAUAACGACUUGGUGUACAUCUCCCAGCGGGCCUUCUCAGGGCUGCUUGGCCUGGAGCAGCUGACCAUUGAGAAGUGCAACCUGACCUCCAUCUCAGCAGAGUCGCUGUCCUACCUCCAGAACCUGGAGGUGCUGCGGCUCCGGCACCUCAGCAUCUCCGCGCUGGAGGACCAAAACUUCAAGAAGCUCUACAACCUCCUGCAGCUGGAGAUCGACAACUGGCCACUGCUGGAAGACAUCUCCCCCACCAGCUUCCAGGGUCUGAACCUCACCUCGCUCUCCAUCACCUACACCAACAUCACAGCCGUGCCCGCUGCUGCCUUGAGGAACCUGGUGUACCUCCGGUACCUGAACCUGUCCUACAACCCCAUUAGCACUGUGCUGAAGGGCUCCUUUAAGGACCUCAUCCGACUCCAGGAGCUCCACAUUGUGGGCGCUCUCUUGGUGUCCGUGGAGCCACAGGCUUUUUCUGGCCUGAGACAAAUCCGGCUGCUCAACCUCUCCAGCAACUUUCUCUCCACGCUGGAGGAGAGCACCUUCCACUCCGUCAACACGCUGGAGACGCUGCGGGUGGACAGGAACCCCCUGGCCUGCGACUGCCGCCUCCUCUGGAUCCUGCAGCGAAGGAAGACGCUCAACUUCGAUGGGCAGCAGCCCAUGUGCUCCUCGCCACCCGAAAUCCAGGGCAACGCCCUGCGCGACUUCCCAGACUCCGUGCUCUUCGAGUACUUCACCUGCCAGAAGCCCAAGAUAAGGGAUAGGAAGCUGCAGCAUGUGACGGCCCGGGAAGGGCAGUCCGUGUCCUUCCUUUGCCGGGCGGACGGGGAGCCAGACCCGUCCAUCGCCUGGGUGUCCCCCCAGCACCGCAUGAUCACCACCCGCAGCACAGGGCGGGCGACCGUGCUGCCCGGGGGCACCCUGGAGAUCCGCUUCGCCCAGGUGCAGGACAGCGGCACCUACAUCUGCAUCGCCAGCAGCGGGGGGAACGCCACCUACUUCCCCCCCUUGACCGUCAAGGGGCGGCCGGCUGACGGUUCCCACUACGCGAACCGGACUUUGUACCUCAGCGAGUUCAACGACACCUCCCACAAUGACACGCAAGUCUUCUUGAAGUUUACGUUGGACCUCAAGACCAUCCUGGUCUCCACGGCCAUGGGCUGCAUCACCUUCCUGGGUGUGGUGCUCUUCUGCUUCCUCCUCCUCUUCGUCUGGAGCCGGGGCCGGGGGCAACACAAGAACAACUUCUCGGUGGAGUACUCCUUCCGCAAGGUGGACGGUCCCACCACCACCACCGGCCAAGGAGGAGCCAGGAAGUUCAACAUGAAGAUGAUCUGA